GUUUCUCCUGGUCUGUCAAGUGGAAAGCAAAAACAGCCUGUCAUGUGCUGGCGAAAAACUCUCGUGCAUGUCUGCCCCGCCGUACCACAGACCGUGGUACUAGUUUGUCCCCACGUUCAAUGUUGAGCGCGACGCAGGCCUGCCGUCUCUUUUACGGAACAAGUUUGCCAUUAUCCGUAUCACGGUCAUUGUAUCCAUCAUCGGCAGGAUAUUCACUCCGGCACGGUUCCAACUUCACCCCGAAGCAGCGCUUCGCCAUGCGGACCGCCUAUUUUAAACAGUUGCCGGGCGAGGAGCAGUGUCAGAUCAGCUUCCACCUGCUGCUGGACCAGUACAAGAUCGACAAAGUGUUCAACUUUAAUCGCAGCCUUACGGAACCGAUCGACAGCAGCCUGGACCGUAUCCGCACGAAUGUGGAGAAAGAGUUCCAGAAGAAAAAUAAACGGAAAAAGGUAAAGAAGCAACCUGUGCCGUCAUCCGACGACAAUGCGACAACUGCGGCCGCGGAACCGGCAGCCGAAGUGCCGCCAGCGGACUUGGUGCCGGUAGUAGUGUCUCUCGGCACGGCGGAGCAGAAGCUUACCAACAUGACCAUCGCGGAUGUACUGGCGAAAUUCGAUGCUGGUGAGUUUCCCAACGCACAGCUUACGGUGCUGGACACAAGCUUUCAAAUUUUGUACAACAGUCCGGAGGUGCACGCGGUCAAGCUGCCCACCUCCAUGCUGGCCGACUUUUACGUGUACCCUUCCCGACUUGAGCUACACUUUGCGACACGCGAAUCCAGUGCGUACUGCUGGUCGAGGGGCCAGAUGCCAGCAUCGGGUAAUGCGCAACAUAUCCGCUGGGAGCCGGUUUGCACCGAGUUGACGUACAUGGUGCAAAAGAGUGACGUUGGCUAUCACCUAAAGUUCAGCUGCACACCAAAGGAUGCUUCUGGGCGGACAGGUCCGGCGACGGAAAUCAUUUCAUCGCAACCGGUACAGGCAGGACCUGGACUGUGCCCGUUCGAGGUGCGACAUCUGUUCACCCAGCAGAAGCUAAAGGAUGGCCAGUUCCGGGUGGUGUCUUACAAUCUGCUUGCCGAACUGUACUCGGACAGUGACUACAGUAGGACGGUACUGUUCGCGUAUACGCCGCCGUACGCGCUUGAAAUGGAUUACCGAAAGCAGCUAUUCAUAAAGGAGAUUCUUGGCUACAGGGGAGAUAUCGUGUGUCUGCAGGAGGUGGACACGAAAAUAUUCAGUCUGGAUCUGGUGCCGAUUUUUCACCAGAAGAAUCUAGCCGGACACUAUAAAGCGAAACGUAAUGUGGCCGAGGGACUGGCCACGUUCUACGACACUGAUAAAUUCGAGCUCGUUGAAAAGGAUGGUGUGAUUAUCAGCGAAAUUCUGCAACGCUAUCCGGAAGUCUGGGACAUUAUACGGAACAAGAAACCGCUGGUAGAGCGCGUAGAAAACCGAUCGUCCGCGCUGCAGCUUACCCUUCUGCGCAGUAGUAAGCACGACACGAGCAAACAUCUGCUGGUGGCCAAUACGCAUCUUUACUUCCAUCCAGACGCUGAUCACGUGCGUCUGCUGCAGUUUGGAUUUUCCAUGCUGUACGUACGCGAACAGUACGAGCGGAUCCGGCAGCAGUACAAUCUGCAGGAAUCCGAACUGGCGCUACUGUUUUGCGGUGACUUUAACUCGGUACCGGAGUGUGGCAUCUACAAGCUUAUGACGGAACGGUUCGUCGGGGCGGACUUUAUCGACUGGCAGAGCAAUAAGGAGGAAGCGGUCGAGAAUUUGACACUGUCGCAACCGUUCAAGAUGGGUUCGGCCUGUGGGUGUCCACCGUUUACGAACUACACGGUAGGAUUCACGGCUUGCAUCGAUUACAUCUUCUACCAGACGGGCGUUUUGACCGUGAACGACGUUAUUCCGAUGCCAAGCGAGCAGGAACUUUCGAUGUACGAAGCGAUACCUUCACCCGUGUUUCCUUCGGAUCAUGUGGCGCUGGUCGCCAACUUAGAGUGGGCCAAGUAGAAUCGAUUCGACUAGCGCUGAAUGCUAGUUGAGAUGAAAGUAAGAUGGAAGCUGUAAACUCGAGAGAUAGUUUGUUUGUGUAAGCAACAUAUUUAUCGCCAGUAGAACCGUUCGUUUGAUGGUUAACAGUGGAUGUUUGUGGCAAUCCGAGGAAAUGUACUAUUGUGAAAGAAAGUAAUUCCAAAUUCCACUUUCUGAAGUCUCUUCUGUUCUGAGUGUGAAGGAUUUUUUUUAAACUGAUAAAGGCAAGCUGUAUGAUCUAAGACAUAGCAAA